GCCGCGUCCUCUUUAAGCGGCGGCCGCCUGCAGGGCCCAGCGCACGGCCAUGCUGCGGGGCCGCUGGCUGCUGCCCGCCGCCUCCCUGGCGCUGGGCGCGGGGCUGGGGGCGACCCUCACCGCCCGCCGCCGGGCUCGGGCCGAUGGGCCGGAGGGGCUGCUGGGCCGCCUGCCCGUGCUGCCCGCCGUGGCGGCGGCCGGUCCGCCGGCGGUCGCGGGCUCGGGGCGGGCCGAGCUGACCAAGUACGGGUUGCCCGGGCUGGCUCAGCUGCGGAGCCGCGAAUCCUACGUGCUGUGCUACGACCCCCGGAGCCGCAGCGCGCUCUGGGUCAUCGAGCAGCUCAACCGAGAGACCCUCGGCGGCACCUCCGACCGCGCCGCCUGCGACUUCCAGGAGGACGACUCGGUGCACGAAUACCACCGCGCCACCAACGCCGACUACCGCGGCAGCGGCUUCGACCGCGGGCACCUGGCCGCCGCCGCCAACCACAAAUGGAGCCAGAAAGCCAUGCGGGACACCUUCUACCUCAGCAACAUCGCCCCGCAGGAUCCUCACUUAAACCAGAAUGCCUGGAAUAACCUUGAGAAGUACAGCAGGAGCUUGGCAAGGAACAACAAGAACGUCUAUGUCUGCACAGGACCCCUUUACCUGCCCAGGAUGGAAGCUGAUGGGAAGAUGUACGUCAAGUACCAGGUGAUUGGGAAGAACAACGUGGCCGUCCCCACCCAUUUCUUCAAGGUGCUCAUCCUGGAAAAGGAGGGCGGGGAGAUUGAGUUGCGCUCGUAUGUGAUGCCCAACAGUCCUGUGGAUGAGAAAAUUCCCCUGGAACGGUUCCUGGUUCCCAUCGAGAGCAUUGAGCGAGCCUCAGGGCUCCUCUUUGUCCCAAACAUCUUAAAGAGAACAAGUAACUUGAAAGCCAUCACAGCUGGAAAAAAGCCUUGAACCCCAGUUUAAAUCCAGGUGUCCCCUGGGAAAGGACUGACAGCAGUUGUCUGCAGAAUAGUAGUUCUUUGUGCAAUUUUAAAUGUGGGAGAUCAGAAUCAAACUAAUUCUUCUCUUUACCCCUCCCCUUGUUUUGUGCAGCAGUAAAACAGACACACACACGCAUGCACGCACGUAGCAGGCUCAAGGGCAGGUCCUGGAGAAGGCUCCCAGGCAUUUGAUUUGACAUUGUAGCAGGUCUCUAGAAUUUGCCCCUAAUCUGUAGCACAAAGCAUAUUCCUGUAAUUGCUCCAUUUGAGUUGUGUGUGGCUCCUUAAGACACAAAAGGAAGUUACCUGAUUUCUGCUACUUAGCAGGGAAGGACAGGAGCAAGAUGGGUAAUGGGUGCAGGGGGAGGAGAGGUUCCUGCCUUUCUGUGGCCAAAGGAUUGUAUGAUUGUUUUCUUUCAGAAGAUGAUUUUAGCAGUAAAGCUUUGAACACUUA